AUGCGACCUCGGCGAGCCUUCCGUUCGGCUUCCCCUGACCACGUGUCCACGCGGUUUUACAAUUCACGAAGGAAACGAUGACGUAAUUGUUCAUUCUGUUCAUGUGCUCACUCGUACUCGGUGUAUCUCUUAACGCUCGAUGAUGCUUGGCGAUCGGCGAUGCUAGAGGAAGAGAGAGAAGGAGAAUAGUAUCGAUAUAUUUAAAGAUCAUCGAGGAACUGGGCGGGUCGGGUUCGCUCGUCGUCGUCGGGGACAAGCGAUAGACGGUGCGUCGCAGGGGUGACGUAAUUCGACGGAAAAAGACGCGAACGAGCUCGAACGGUCUGCGUCAAGGUUAUGUCAGAAACCGUCAGAACGCUGCCGACUGUUCGUCGCCGUCCUCGCCCUCGUCGUUGUUGUCAUCACUGCAGGGAGUUUCCAAGAGAACAUUGUUGCUAUCCCGUUGUUAUUUCAUCUGUUCUUAAUCACGUGCGUUGUGAUACUUUAGCGUCCUCCAUUGCGUGCUAAGCGUGGCGCGAUUCCUGAGAUAUCCUCUAUUCGAUCAAAUUUAUCGUUGAUGUAAGAGAUUCGUCGGAGCAUCACUUAUGAAUGGAUUUUGUCCUCUCAUUUAUAUUUUGUAACAUGGCAAAUUCAAUAUAAUUUUAUAUUAUUCAUUUAUGUUAUCAAUAUGCUAUCUUCAUUCAAUGAUAAGAUAAAUUUGAGCUAACAGAGUUGUACAGCAAUACAAAAAAAUUUGAUUGAAAGAGAAGAAAACAGAUAGCAAAAUGGUUUUUGAAUCGAUCAUUGCCGAGCUUCUUAAUAAGGUGAUCGGCGAAUACAUUGAAAAUUUGGAUUAUACUCAACUUAAAGUCAGCCUCUGGGGAGGUGACCUUGUUUUAAAUGAUUUGCUAAUAAAAGAGUCUGCUUUGGAUGUACUAGAUCUUCCUGUAAGAUUAGAAUAUGGCCGAUUAGGAAAACUGAUAUUGAAGAUUCCAUUCAAAGAUAUGUGGAAUGGUCAGAUCGAUGCGAUAGUCGAGGAGUUGUUUAUACUAGUAGUGCCUACAAGUCAAGUUGCGUACAAUCAAGAGAAAGAGUCGAAAGCGCAGUUAGAAAUUAAACGAGCGGAGCUUGCGAGAAUAGAAAAAAGAAAGCAAUUAGCAGAACUAAAAUCGCAAGACAAACUGGAUGACUCGAUGGUCGAAAAAUUGGUCGCUCGUAUGAUUAAGAAUAUUCACGUAGAAAUCAAGAGAAUUCAUGUACGAUACGAGGAUCAUGUCACCUUUAAAGAGCAUCCAUUCUCCGUCGGUUUUACCCUGAAUACUUUUAUCCUUGAAAGUUGUACAGACAAAUGGGAGAUUACUACUGGCAAUCUAAAGGACAUGUACGCCAUUCCGCAGAUCUUCAAACUGUGCAGUUUAGAUGGGCUAGCUGUCUAUCUCAAUACAAGUGUAGAGCAAUACAGCAAGAGCCCGCAGUCUUCGUACUCCAAUCUCUUUUGCAGGGGCAUCGCGACUAUGGAUUAUACUCCAGUCAAUUACCGAUAUUUGUUAGGACCAAUCAAUAUCAAAUCCAAGCUCAGACUCAAUCCUAAGCCCGAAUCUGACGGUAGUAACUAUACAAUCCCCAAGGUGUGGUUAGAUAUGGAGAUGCAGAAAUUACGGAUUGGUUUGACAAAGCGUCAAUACCAAACCCUGGUACGGCUCGGAGAAGGCUUAGAUCAAGCGCGGAAAGCUGCGCCAUAUCGAAAAUAUCGACCGAAUUUAACAUCGUAUCGUGGUCACUAUAAGGAGUGGUGGCGUUUCGCAUAUACCUGCGUCCUCGAGGAGACCGUGCGACGAUGUCGUCGCAAUUGGGAUUGGAACCAUAUGAAAGAUCAUCGCGACACUUGCCGCGCUUAUGCCGAGGCUUACCAAACGAAGCUGACAACGAAGAAACUAGCAAAAGAGAUCGAUGAACGAUUGACGGACUAUGAGACAAGACUGGACAUCUUUAAUCUGGUGAUUAUCCGGCAACAAAUCGAGAUGGAAGUGGAAAGACUGGCGGAACGUGAAAAAAGUUUAAAGGCAAAGCGAGGUUGGUUCGGUUUCUUGUGGACUAGCUCGCAAGCUGAAGAGACAAAGGAACUUAACUCGGCCGCGGCCAUCAUGCGCAGGUUUGAAGAAGCGAUGACGCCGCAAGAAAAGGAGAAGCUCUAUAGAGCAAUUGAUUAUCAGGAGAAUAGCGCACCCGCGCAUUAUCCGGAAACGUAUGAGAUGAUUGACACAUGUUUCCUUCUGCACGGUCUACAGAUUUCCUUGUUGGAUACGGACAAACAGCAUCCUUGCGUUCUAGAUCUACAGCUACACGGUGUACAAGCAGGCUUUAAAUCGCGGCCAUCCGCGAAUGCGAUUCUAGUUACCGCUUCCAUUAGUGACAUGAAACUGCUGGGCGCGAUGCAGAAUGAUCGAGUCCCUUCCCUCUUUAAUCCAGAGCAUGGCAGCUCCGACAGCGCCCUAUUGUCGGUCUCCUAUGAAAAGAAUCCGAUUGACAGGCUGUGCGGUGACCGCGUCAUUGUCAAGUCUCGAUCCGUCGACAUUAUUUACGACGCGCAAACCAUAAUAGAAUUGGUCAAUUUGUUUAAGGUGCAAGAUUCUUCGACACUGAGUCAACUACAAACAGCCGCGGCAGAACAAUUGGAGGGCCUGAAGGAAAUGUCCGCCCUCGGACUGGAAUAUGCUAUACAGAAACAUUCAGUAUUGGACAUACAAGUGGAUAUGCAGGCGUCGCAACUUAUUAUACCGCACGGAGGCUUUUACGAAGACGCGAAAGCGCUAAUUGUUGUAAAUCUAGGCAGUUUAAAGAUGCAUUCCCUAGAGAAAGGUAAAAGUGAAAUGGCUGGCGCUAGUGUUAAACAACUAGUUAGUUUGGGCAAAAGUGAAGAGGAAGUAAUGCUACAUUUGAGGGAACACAGCUACGAUAAAUUCGUUUUGAAAAUAGUCAAUUUUCAGGUGUUAGUAUCGCUGCCGAAUGAAGAAUGGCGAUCAGCCUUGGCGAAUACCGAGAAUUCCCUGACGUUACUCCAUCCAACUACGUUGGAAAUCCAGUUCCAUAAGUGUCUGAUAACGGACGAUCCUUUGUUACCCAAGCUACGACUCCUUGGUCACCUGCCAUCAGUUGCUGUGAACAUAACGGAUAUUCGAUUACUACAAGCACUUUCGAUCGCGCAGAGUAUUCCCUUUCCAACGGAGGAAGAAAAACCCGAGUUGCAGCGUACCUCUCUUUCUAAAUCUAUCUCACAGCUAUCUCUGAAGGAGCUUGGCACUACGAUAUCCAGCAUCGCUGACAAGAGAAAGCAGCAGCAAGAAAUGACCGCACCAAUGAAACAGACUACCGACAUGGAAAUGAAAUUUGAGAUGAAAGAAUUCACAUUGUCAGUAUCCAGGCAGCGGGACGACGACGCAGUGGAAUUCCUCAGAUUUCAAGUGUUGCAACUCGAGGCGGAAUUGCUGCAACGUACGUAUGACCAGGAAGUGCAACUGCGCCUAGGCGGUGUGCAGAUGCGACAAUUAUAUGAGGAUCAAGAGAUCUUUAUGGUCAACACGCCGAUGUCGGCAGGCAGAGAUGAAUAUCUGAUUGUCGUGCGAUACGUGAAUGUGAACAAGCGUUCACCAGAGUUCACUACGCGCCAUGGUUCUGUCGUGAAAUUACUUCGAUUGGAAUUUACCACGCUUGAUACUCUGCUGCAUCAGGAAGCGCUUAUCGAGCUAUUACGGUUUAGUACGUAUAUUCAGGAUCGAAUGAAUUCGCUUGAGAGUGCUCAGAAAAAGGAAGUCGAGCGUCCUCGACCGAGUCAUUUAGUCUCCAUUCAAGAAGAAACUUCCGGCUUCCUCAGAGAGCAGAUACAAAAACAGAGAUUGAGACCUGGCCGACGCAAGAGGCAAACUGUCGAGUGUAUUGAUCUAAAAGUGCAUGCCAAAAUCGACUCAAUCAAUUUAAAGAUUUCCAGCGCUGCCCGAGAUAUCACUGCACUUCACAUCGAAGGUAUCAGCGCUAGUUUUCUCAGCAAAUCUUCAUAUUCACAAAUGAAUGCCGCUCUGGCCUCCAUCAACAUUAAAGAUUUGAAUCCUGCUUCUAUGUAUAAGGAUAUUGUAGCUGUUGAAGGUACCGAGCGCCCUUUGGAGAUUCAAGUAGUGAUGUACAACAUUGAGCAAUGGGAGGUAGACAAGAACAACAUGUCCAUCAAGGUGACAAUGGGUUGCCAGCGCAUUGUCUUCUUGAAUGCAUUCGUCACCAGUGUGAUGAAUUUCCUGAACAACUUUCAAGCGGCACAAGAAGCUAUCAGAGACGCAUCGGCAGCGGCAGCAGAAGUUGCAAAGACGAACAUCAAGGAUGUUCAAGAGAGUGCCUCACGCAUCGAGUUACAUGUUAGGAUCAAUGCGCCGGUCAUAUACGUACCAAUGAACUCCAAGAGCGAACAUAGCUUAAUGCUGGAUAUGGGCAAUCUUAUGGUAUGUAAUGUUUUCAAGAAAUUAGAGGCAAUGAAUGAGGACACCGGCGAAUGUCCCAUAGUGGAUGAAAUGAAGAUCGAGCUACAGAACUUGAAAUUGUCUCGAGUUCGGUUGAACAUGGAGAAAUUUAUUAGUGAAAACGAAGUGUUGCUACUCGAACCGGUGACAUUCAUACUGUUAAUGAAGCGCAAUCUAUCUACUGCUUGGUUUACCAAUAUUCCGGAUAUCGAUAUGUCUGGUAGAUUGAACAAGAUCAAUCUGCUGUUGAGCAAAGAGGAUUAUGCCACGAUUCUGAAGGUAUUGGAACAGAAUCUGAGCGAGACCUUCGAAGACUCGAAACCCGCACAAAUCGCACCAUCUACUGUCAAACCCGAAGAGCUUCAGAUCCAACCGGUGUAUAAGUAUGAGGUCGAUGCAACGCGAGAAACUCCAUCGGUGGACACGCAGGAACGACACGCACAUACGUUUGUGAAAUUCGAGUUUAUCAUGGACAGUCUGGUGAUCAAUCUCUUUACUGGCGGCUCCAAGCUGCUGCAGUCACAGACAUCGCCAUUGCAUUUACCCGAGAAUGGAUUGGCACGUUUCAGCCUCACGCACUUCGCUGUGAAGGGCCGUGUAUUCGCGGACGGUCUGCUAGCCACGUCGAUCUUACUAAUGAACUGCACGCUGGAUGACAUGCGGCAAAGCCGACAGGGCUCACUGGUACGGAUUAUGGAGAGAACCAGCAGUGUGCCGCUGUCAGGAUCGAGCGCUGGCGAGAAUCAUCUCGACAAAGAGCACGCGAAGUACAAUGCCAGAAGUAUGCUGGAUGUGACGGUGCGUCAGAGUCCGAACGAUAUAUUCGCCGACGUGAAAGUGUUCUCUUUCAGCAUCAUCGUGUCUCUCGAAUAUCUUAUGAAAGUCAAAGACUUUUUCGAUGUGGAUACCGCGAAUAAAACGGCCAUUACUUCCGCGCAGUCCAUCUCAAAAAGCGAAUCAAAGAAAAAGCCUACACAACAGCAGCAAGCCGCUCCAACAUCAAAGAUGUUAACUGUGAAUCUGCACGUAGAAAAGCCGGAUAUUAUUUUGCUCGAAGAUAUGGACGAUAUUAAUUCAAAUUGCAUAAUAUUAAAUACGGAAUUGUUGCUGAAAUUGCGCAUUACAGGAGAACAUCAAGUGAUCACAGGUUCUAUCAAAGAUCUCUCUUUGCUAACGGGGAUAUAUAAUCCUGCAAAGAGGACCGAUUGGAUUUAUCAGGUUUUAAAACCGUGCAGCAUUAGCGUAGCUGGUUCCACACCAGAUGACAAAGGACUCCAUUUAGAGAUCCGUUGUACGGAUAUACAUGUCUCUGUUUCACCAGGUGUAAUUGAAAUAUUGAAUAAAGUCAUUCAUACGAUGACAAAGAAAGAAGAGGAGGACAAAAACAUUAUUAAGCCCGAGCCUAAUUACGAAGGCUUGUGGAUUAUCACGCCCUUCGAGGAAAAUAAUUAUUGGUUUCUAAAGACAGAAAUCGCAAUGGAAGCUUUCGAGGAGUUUGCAUAUCCAGACGAUGAGAUUGUGGCAACUUACAAACCUGAAUUAGCAAUUGUUUCAGCGCCGACAAUCUUGUUUACUUUAGAAGCGGGUGUUGGCAACAAAACUCUGCCCAUGUUGUUACUUCAUCUGGGUUUCCAAAGCAGCAUCAAAGAUUGGAGUACAAAAUCUAUGAGCAUGGACUGUUCAAUGUCGAUGAUCAUGGCAUAUUACAAUAGUCGUCUUGCGCUAUGGGAACCGCUGAUCGAGCCGAUAGAAAGCUUUAGAAACGGCAAACGCAUCUCGACAUCAUGGGAAUUAAAAACAAAAAUCCAAUUUAACGACAUAUUACUCGACUCUAGAGGCGCCAGCACAGUUAGUCCUAUGUCAGAAAGUGAACCCGAAGAGCUACAACAAUCUACCAAAAUAUCCAUCGAUGUCGCGUCCUCUGAUAAUUUGGAAAUAACUGUGACGAAGACAUGUCUGGAUGUCCUGAAGCAACUCGGCCAGUCGUUUUCUUCAGCAAUGGAGGCCGCCGAAAAAGGACCCACUAAGAAGGUAGCACCAUACGUGCUGAAAAAUGAAACCGGUCUGACGAUGAUACUUGAUUUAGAGGACAGUUUCUUUAAGAUUUUUGAUGAUGGGUCGAGAAUAAGAGAUCACAAUGAUUCAUAUAUGGAAGUGAUUCUUGAAACUGGUGCAUCGAUAGAGCUCGCACCGAAAACAUCUAAGCUGGAUACGCGUCUUCUUGAGCAGUUAAAAGUGGAGACCGUGAAAGAUAGAGAAGACAGUAAAUUCUCUAUAUCAUUUAAAGGAAUUCAAAGCAAGUUGGCAAUACCUGUACUGAGAGCAGAUAGGAGAUUCUUCUCUUUGAAGCACCGGAAAGAAGGCUCCGAAGAAUGGGGCAUCGUAUCGGAUAUUAUUGUGGAGGAGGGUAGCACGAUUGUCACUCUUAGAAGCAUCCUUCAGGUUCACAAUCACUUCGCGCAACCGAUAUCCGUUUAUUAUAUGACAAAGCGUGGAAACGAAGUAGAAUGUGUAGGCACAGUGGCACCAGAUGAGAAACUCAAUUUACCUCUGGACGCUGUAUACACUCCGACUAACAUGUACUUACUGUUUUUCAGUGUUGAGGGAUAUAUGGUAUCAAUCGAGCAGUUUGUCUGGAAGGAUUUGCAGAAAACAGUUUCCAUGACGAAACUACUAAAAUGUGAGCCGCGAUCCAAACAGAAAGGCACAGAACCAUUUUAUAUUCAGGUCGUAGGAGAGAUUGAACAAGUGUAUUUCGAAAAUACUACUCGUCACACCAUGGCUAGUACUAUUUAUAAUGUACAUCUCUAUCCACCUGUAUAUCUGAAGAACUUUCUGCCAAUUGACAUCAUCAUUUGCUUGCCAGGCACUGUUGAGGAAAACUUACUCGAAGCUAGUGCUUCCUUGCAACUUCCUACGAUUAAUCCAGUCAAGUCAAGUAUAAUAAUUAAGUUACCUAAUUACUUGGAAAAAGAUUGGUCAUGUCAAGGUGAGAUUAUGGCAAAUCCACCGGAGUUUGCGGUCUGGUCGUUCGAAUCUUUCGACAGCGCGCAGAAGGCAGUCCUGGAUCUCGGAAUGCACACAUCUUACAAACAUGGUUCCAUUGUCAUGGCGCUAUAUUGUCCUUUCUGGAUGCUGAACAAGACUGGUUUAAUGCUGUCCUACAGAAAAUCAAGUAAAGGUGGCAAAGAGCAUUCAAGCCCGAUCAAGAAAUUCGUUUCCGCUAUGAAACCCCGUCGACAACGCGCACAGUACAGGAAGAAGAAAACGGGCGCGACAGCGGACGAUUAUUUGAACGUCUUGUAUCAUCCGGAACACUUUAAGGGGCCUAUUCUAUUCUCGUUCCGCUCCAAGGUUUUCUUUGGCAAGAAAAAGGCCAUGAUUAGAGUGGAGGACGGAGAGUGGUCCGACAAGUUCUCCAUCGACGUCGCGGGCAGCGAGGGUGUAGUAGCCUGCAAAUAUAAUGGAAUGAUCUAUCAGAUUGGAGUACAUAAUCAAUUGACAUACAACUCGUUGACCAAGCAGAUCACGUUCACGCCUUAUUAUAUACUCGUCAACAACGCAGAUUUCCUGAUAGAAUGCCAGGAAGGUGAUCGACCAGCUGAUCCGAUAAUCAAAGUGCCUCCUGGUGAAUGCACGGCUUUGUGGCCCCGAACUGAACAUGAGACCAAGACUUUGAAGGCGAAGGUCGCAGGCCAACCCGAGAAAACCGCGGCGUUUAUUUAUACUGACAGCCAUACAACUUUGCUAAAAUUGGACAAUAAGUAUGGAGGAAUUAAUGUAGACAUACAAAUCAACGAGGGCGGCAUUUACAUCUCCAUGUCAGCUUACAGUCCAGGCAAUGCGCCAGCUUUGAUUAUCAAUCAUACACCGCACACCAUUAAUUUAUGGGAAAAGGGUUCAAUCAACGUUAGGUCCAUUCAGUCUUACAACAGGAUGUUUUAUGCUUGGGAAAAUCCGGCGGGGCCGCGAAAGCUGGUCUGGGAAGAUAACAAUGGCAAGGAAAUCGAGGACAAUCUUCGUAAGGAUAAUCUUGGUACUUUUCAACUGCCAGAUGUAGACGAGAAACUGUUCUACGUGUCGUUCCUAGAUGGUACUCAACGAAUAUUAUUAUUCACUAUGAAUUUGAAAAUCGCCGAAGAUUGUCAAUUGGCCGGUGACUUGGAAAUAAUAGAUCAGGAAAUCACGUUGAAUAUUCAUGGUAUUGGAUUUUCUCUCGUGAACAACAUCACCAAAUCCGAAUUAUUGUACAUGUGCAUUGCCAGCUCUGGAAUUAUAUGGGAGACGCGCAAAUCUCCCGGUAGUCGAUGGCGAGCCUUAAACGCUAAAGAGGUGAAUGCUAUUGAGGAAGGAUAUCAACGAUACAUGAAGGAACUGCAAGUCAACAAGGAAGUAGAUUAUCGUGUAAUGUUGGAACCAAAAUUAAUGGUGGAUUAUAUGAAUAUGGAGAUGUUGAAACCAUAUCGUAGAUACAUGCGGCGCACAUUCCAAACUGGGCUUUGGUUGCAAUAUCGUACCUCAGCGCAUCAAGUACAAUUACAUGCAAAGAUCAACAAGCUUCAGAUCGACAAUCAGUUAUCGGAAUGCGUCUUCCCGGUUAUAUUGGCUCCAGUCCCACCACCAAAAAGUGUCACACAGAGCACAGUUAUGAAACCUUUCGCGGAACUUAGUAUGGUCAAGCGAUUGUUGGAGCACAGUACCGUGCAACAAUUCCGAUACUUUAAAGUUCUCAUACAAGAGUUUCAUAUCAAAGUAGACAUAGUCUUUAUAAAUGCAAUAAUGAGUCUUUUUGAGGCGAAUGAAGUUAGCGAUGUGGAAGAGAGCGCGUUGUUCCGUACAGACAUGAAACUGGUCAACGAACCACUGAUGUAUCACGUCAGCCUGAUCACCACGGCCGAACAAAAGAAUUUCUUCGAUCUGUUACAUUUCUCGCCACUUAAGAUACACGUCAGUUUCUCAAUGACUGGCAGCGGAGGAGGUCCUUCCGCAUUACCGCAACUACUUAAUGUACUGUUGCAAGGAAUUGGUGUAACACUAACAGAUAUCAACGAUAUUGUGUUCAAAUUGGCGUACUUUGAGAGAAACUACAUAUUUAUGACGCACAAGCAACUCGUCUCUGAGGCGAGCACUCAUUAUGCGGGCCAGGCGAUCAAACAAGCGUAUGUACUCGUACUAGGACUCGAUGUGAUCGGUAAUCCGUAUGGACUCGUAAUUGGGACUAUGAAAGGCAUCGAGGACCUGUUCUACGAACCCUUUCAAGGAGCCAUACAGGGUCCGGGGGAGUUCGCGGAGGGCCUGUUCCUCGGGGUGCGCAGCAUGUUAGGCCAUACCGUCGGCGGGAUGGCGGGCGCUGUGUCGAGGAUCACGGGAGCAAUGGGCAAGGGUAUAGCUGCUCUGACCUUCGACAAAGAUUAUCAACGAAAGAGGCAGGAACAACUCAACAAGCAGCCUGCUAAUUUACAAGAAGGUCUUGCGCGAAGCGGGAAGGGUUUAGUAAUGGGUGUAGUUGAUGGUGUAACAGGUGUAGUAAUGAAGCCUUUAUCAGGAGCAAAAGAGGAGGGAGUAGAAGGAUUCUUCAAAGGAUUUGGAAAGGGCGUAAUUGGACUCGUUACCAGGCCUACUGCUGGUGUUGUUGACUUUGCAAGCGGUUCUUUCGGGGCUGUUAGACGAGCCACCGAAUUGAAUGAAGAGGCAAAGAGAGUACGAUCACCUAGAUUUCUGCAACCGGAUAGUCUUGUUAGACCAUAUAUAAAAGAUGAAGCCGAAGGCAACAAAAUAUUGAUGGAAUUGGAAAAGGGAAAGUACGCACGUACGGACGUUUACGUCUAUCACAUUAUCAUUAACAAAGAUGUAUUAUUACUUACCGACAAGAGAUUAUCAUAUCUCGAGCACAAUGAUAUAUUUGGUGGCUGGCGGGUUGAUUGGACUCAUACUUGGAACGAAUUCAGCGAGCCAGCAAAGAUCGUAGAUAGAGGUGUACAAAUUUUUAUUAAGGACGCUAGUAGAAAGAAAAAUUCGGGUCUGUUUGGCAAUGCAGCUCAAUCUAAAAUACUUUUAAUAACAGAUCAUAAUGUUAAACAAUUGAUAUGCAAUAAAAUACAAGAGCAGAUCAAUCAAUCCGAAGUAUAACACAGUAAUACACGUAAAAUAUGCGACUUCGAAUUAUAUAAUAGAAGAAGAAAAUGCUUGAGAAAAAAAAUGCAAAAGAGAGCAAACAAGCCGUUUAAUUCCAAAUGCUUUGCAAGCGAAUUUGCACAAUUUCUAUGCACAUUUUCUACAGAUAUUAUCUAUAAGACUGAUACUGCGUAAUCGCAACAAUCGGGUAGAGGAAUACUAAUUAGUGUACUGAAAAAUGUGGUCGCCAAAAUGGGGCUUCUCUCACUUUUCACCAAUAGUUGUUCAGAACUUUUUUUGUUGUCGGUAUUAUAUUACCGAAUGAACAACGUCAGAUUGGUAACGUAGAUCCAUAACAUUUAUUAAGAAAGAAUGCUAAAUUAAAAAGCUUCGAAAUAAUUUGUAUUAAUCAAAAUAGCUAUUAUAGCUGACUUCAGUAUUUUUUCUAUUUAUAAAGAAAUUUCUUAAUCUUUUUUAAAAUUUCUAAUUUUAUUUAUAUAAACUUUAUAGAAAAAAUUUUUUAUACAAAUUAAUAGAAGGGUGCCGUAAGAAAGAGAAUCUUUUUCUAAUCUGUGUAGAAUAUCGCGCGCUCUGCCGAUGCGAUUAAACGAAUUAGUCAUAUAUAAGUUAUCAUUUCUAUUGUAUUAUUAGGAUCAAUUUCCGAUGAUCACGAAGCGAGAUUGAUCAGUCAGACGAGAGUGCAAAGAUAAAUAAUUUAGAUCAUAAUAGUGAAAGAGUUGAAGUUGAAACGAAAAUGAAUCUCAUUUUAACAAAUUUAAAUUAACAAUAUAGUAAAAUUAUAUCUAUCA